GAGGCCGAGCCCCGCGAGACCGGAACGCCGGGGGCGGGGGCGGGGGCGGGGGACGGGGGCUGAGCCCAGGGGGAGCGCGCGGUCGGCGGCCCGACACCGGGCGCGAGCCGGGGUACCGGGCGGCGGCGGCGGCGGCGCGCGCCAUGUCGUUCAGUGAAAUGAACCGCAGGACGCUGGCGUUCCGAGGAGGCGGGUUGGUCACCGGCGGCGGCGGCGGCGUCUCCACGAACAAUAACGCUGGCGGGGAGGCCUCGCUCUGGCCUCCCCAGCCCCAGCCGCGACUGUCCCAGCCGCCUGCGCCGCAGCAGCUCAAUGGGCGGGGGGGCGACGAGGAAGUGGAAUUGGAGGGCCUGGAGCCCCAAGACCUGGAGGCCGCCGCUGCCGCCGCUGCCGCCGCCGCCGCCGCCGCCGCCGCGGAGGAAACCAAGGAAUUGCUGCUCCCCCAAGACGCGAGCGGCCCCGCCUCGCUCGGCGGCGGUGGCGCGGGGGGUCCCCUGUUAGCGGAAAGGAACCGUCGGACUCUGGCCUUCCGAGGAGGCGGCGGCGGCGGGGGGCUCGGCAACAAUGGCAGCGGGAGCCGCGGCCGGCCCGAAACCUCGGCGUGGCCCCUCCGGCAUUUCAAUGGGCGAGGGCCAGCGGCCGUGGACCUGGAGCUGGACGCGCUGGAGGGCAAGGAGCUGAUGCCGGACGGCGCGUCCCUGAGCGACAGCAGCGAGGACGAGGAGGAGGGGGCGAGCCUGGGCGACGGCAGCGGGGCGGAAGGCGGCAGCUGCGGCAGCAGCAGGCGCUCGGGCGGCGAUGGCGGGGACGAAGCGGAGGGCAGCGGCGUGGGCGCGGGCGACGGAGCCGAGACUGUCCAGCACUUCCCGCUCGCGCGGCCCCAGUCCCUGAUGCAGAGGAUCCAGCACAACUUCCAACUCUCCUGGCUGAAAGAUUUCCCCUGGCUGCGCUUCUGCCAGGACACCGGCCUUAUGUCUUGCGGCUUGUGCCAAAAGACCCCCGAGGACGGAGACCUGCCCCAUACGGGGCACGACGAGCUUUCGCGGGGCACCCGCAACUACAAGAAAACCCUGCUGCUGAGGCACCACGUCUCCACGGAGCACCGACUCCACGAAGCCAACGCCCAGGAGUCAGAAAUACCGUCAGAGGAGGGUUACUGUGACUUUAAUAGUAGGCCAAAUGAGAACUCUUAUUGCUACCAACUUCUUCGACAACUAAAUGAACAGAGAAAGAAAGGGAUUCUUUGUGAUGUCAGCAUUGUGGUGAGCGGACACAUCUUUAAAGCUCAUAAGAACAUCUUGGUUGCAGGCAGCCGUUUCUUUAAGACUUUAUAUUGCUUUUCAAACAAAGAAAACUCUAACCAAAACAAUACUACCCAUUUAGAUAUUGCUGCAGUUCAAGGUUUUUCAGUCAUCUUGGACUUCUUAUAUUCUGGUAACCUGGUGCUCACAAGCCAAAAUGCCAUUGAAGUGAUGACAGUGGCCAGCUAUCUUCAAAUGAGUGAAGUUGUUCACACUUGCCGAAAUUUCAUUAAAGAUGCCUUAAAUAUAAGCAUUAAAUCGGAAGCUCCGGAAUCUGUAGUUGUGGACUAUAAUAAUAGAAAACCUGUUAGUAGAGAUGGUCUGCCUUCAUCACAGGAUCAGAAAAUUGCCAGUUUUUGGGCAACACGGAAUCUUACCAAUUUGGCAAGUAAUAUAAAAAUUGAAAAUGAUGGUUGUAAUAUCGACGAGGGCCAAAUAGAAAACUACUACAUGAAUGACAGUGGUUGGGUCCAGAAUGGUUCUUCUGAAUUGGCUGAAAAUGAAUCUGAAUGUCAAGCAAAAGUGUUUGUUUGGAAUAAUAUGGGCUCCCAGGGGAUUCAAGAGACUGGCAAAGCAAGGAGGAAAAACCAAACUGCAAAGAGAUUUGUUUAUAAUAUACCACCUAAUGAUGAAACAAAUUUAGAAGAUUGCUCAGUGAUGCAGCCAUCUGUUACCUAUGCAGAAGAAGACUUGUCCUUCAUCAAGGAAGAACCAGACCUGGAUGGUGCUCUACUCUCAGGGCCAGAUUGUGAUAGGAAUGUGAAUACAAGUUUAUUGGCUGAGGUCAGCUCUGCUCAAGAUGGAAUUGAUUCUGGUACUUCACAUGAUUUCAAGUAUGGCCUUAUACCUGGUCCAUCAAGUGAUUUUAAAUAUGGGUUGAUACCAGGAACUUCAAAUGAUUUCAAGUGUGGAUUAAUACCAGGUGCUCCAAAUGAGUUCAAGUAUGGCUUAUUAUCUGAAUCUUGGCCAAAACAAGAAACUUGGGAAAAUGGUGAAUCAUCUCUAAUCAUGAACAAGUUAAAAUGCCCUCACUGUACCUAUGUAGCCAAAUACAGACGAACACUAAAAAGACAUUUGCUUAUUCAUACGGGAGUCAGAUCAUUUAGCUGUGAUAUUUGUGGAAAGCUGUUUACUCGCAGAGAACAUGUAAAAAGACAUUCCCUGGUGCAUAAAAAGGAUAAAAAAUACAAAUGUAUGGUGUGUAAGAAGAUCUUCAUGUUAGCAGCCAGUGUUGGAAUAAGACAUGGAUCUCGGCGCUAUGGUGUUUGUGUAGACUGUGCAGAUAACUCACAGCCAGGAGGGCAAGAAGGUAUAGAUCAGGGACAGGAUACAGAUUUCCCUCGGGAUGAAGAAUUUGAGGAGAAUGAAGUAGGAGAAGCUGAUGAAGAUCUGGUUGAUGAUGGAGACGAUCAGAACGAGCCAUCUCAGAACGAGCCAUCUCAGAAUGAUCCCUCACAAUGGGAUGGACCAGGAGAUGUUUGUAUGUCUCUAGAUGAUUAACUGAUCUACUACUAUAUUCCUCAAGGAUGCUGCAUUUGGACAUAAUAUGAAUUAGCAAUUUGAAUUGUUGAACUUGAAGGCUUGCAAAAUAUGGUACAUGCUGGAUGGUAGUUAUGUUGCUGUGAAAACUGUAGGGUCAAAGCCUUAUAGCAAAAAAAAAUUUUUUUUUUUAUAUUUGCACAGGACUUUACAGCAAACAACCUUCUGGUUGGAUUACAUGGAGUCCCCACAUCUUCUGUCAGUUAUCAAAGUAAUAUUUUUUAUUUAUACAAUAUAUAUAUAAAAACUAUUUGGGUCCUAGAAAACAGUACCUGACUUUAAAGAACUUAACAUUCAUGUGCUUAUUUAACAUGAAUGAAGAGAAACCAUUUAUGGGAAUACAGUGACAAUUGACCCACUCUGUCUGUCAAACCACUCAGGCUAGUUUGUACUAGUAGAGUUUUGUUUUUAUUUUUAUUAACUUUAUUUUUUUUUAAUACAGAUUUUCAGUGAGGGGCCUUUUCAACCCCAUUGGUUCUACUUUUCCUGUCUCCUCUCCCCUCCGCCCCCACUUUAAUUUGCUGCAUAACUUAAACCAAGUCUCUUCUAGUCUUAGAUAUUAUUCCUCCACUUUUGUGCUGAUGGGCAUGUUUAUAAGAACUGGAGAGGUAAUUUAUUGGAAUGAACUGACUUCCUCCAUUCCCCCUGUCCUUUUUGACAUGAAUUUUACUACUUCACAAAUGAAGAAUGAUGUUGCAAAGUUAACAGUGACGAAGUUGACAUAUACCACUAAAAUGAUUAUGAUUUAGAAGUAACUUUCUCCUGCUGCUCUAAUUUGAUAAAUGGUUACUAUAAGACUUUUCCUGACAUGAUAUUCGGUUUUUGGGUAUCUGUUAUUUUGGCACUAUUCUUUUUUGCCUCUUUAUUAUUUUUGCCAGUGUACUAUACCUCAGUCGUAUUUGAAGACAGAAAUCUUAUUAAAAAAAUUCAUAAAAACUAGUAAAAUGAUUUUGUUUUAUAAUUUAUCUUUCAUGUCCAGUUUGGUUAGCUUGUUAUGCAAUAUAAGUGAAAUAUCAGGUUUUUACUCCUGUGCCCUUUUAUCAUUAAAAUUAAUGCAAACAUUGCAUCCUCUUUUUUAUUUCAUACUUACUGGGAUUUUGAGUAUUUUGAGAUUAUGUUAAUUUAUUAUUCAUUUCCUUAAGUCACUACACCUUUCUAUAUUGUCCUUCUAAUAUUGCCUGAAAAAGUUUUGAAGCUUUACAAACUAUUCUAUUCAGGGUCAAGGGGUUAUGUAUUAAGUGUAAUUGUCAAAAUUUUGCCUGGUGACACAUGAAUUAGCUGGUUAUUGAACUUUUAUAAUAUUAACAUGCACAACAUUAGGAAUAGAAUGUAUGUUAUAUAAAAUAGAAGGACAUCAGAUUUUCAACUUUCUUUUAAAAUAAAACAGUAUUUUAUUUUAUAUCAGGUAACUAAAUUAUGCUAGUGAGAAAAAAUAUUAAGGAUACUUUAAAAAAACAUCCUUUUGGUGCUUUAUCAGAUCAAAGCUGACAAGUCUAAGAGACAAGCUUUCUUGUCUCUGAUUCCAGUAGAAUAAUGGUUUAAUGUUAGGUAGUGAUGGUUCUGCUUGGAUAAAUCAAAGACUACAUAAUUAAAAUAGACAAGUUUUAUUUUGAUUUUUAAGACUGAAAAGUAUAAUAUUCUGGAUGUUCUAGAUAAAUAAGUAAAAUGUAAAUCUGGUGGGAUCCAAAGUAGAAAAUAGCUGGGCAAAGAUACUAUGAAUGAAAAGUAUUUUAAGCGUAAAAUGUUCUGCUUUGUGAAUAUGUAAGUAUAGUAUAAAGAUUUCUUCCAUCCAGUUUAUCCCCCCUCCUUUAAAAUAAACCUUAGUUUACAAUUGGUAGAUCUGUCUAUAUAUAAAUAUAUAUAUUAAGAGAAAAGAUAUAUAUAUAUAUAUAUCUGAAAAAUCACCUAAAUCUGCUUUAAUAGACUACAGUUCACUUAUUGCAUAGAAACUGGACUUGGCUUUACAUUUUUAAUGUACUUUUAUUUUUCCUUAAGAUAUGAACUCUACUCUCUUUAGACUGAAUUUUCUUUUUGCUACAUAAGUUGUUUAUGUAUACCUGGUAAAUUAUGACCAAAAUUUUGUUAGAUUGCAUACAGAAAGUUGAAAUACACACUUGGUACACUACAGGAUUGUUGUGCUUUUGUUUUGGUUUUAGGUGGAAGAUUUAAUGUAGAGGGCUUGUUACUGUUAAUUUAAAAUAUUUUAUAUUUGUCCGUUACCUUUUAUGUUGUCUUGUGACAGAUUUGACUAUUUUUAGUCAACUGAAAUAUGAUACUUUAAAAGUUUUUUUUGAGAGGUAAUCCAAAGGAAAAAAAAAGUUUAUACUCUUGAAAUAUAUUAGCCUCAGCCUAUAUAAAAAUUUCUUUAAACAUUUUGCCAGAAACAGAAUUGACAAAUUUUUCUACUUGCUGACUGUCUAACUUAUUAUGUUUUAUGAUCUCAAGGGACUUCCUUUCCCUUUCUAGAUCUUUUUAAAAAAUAGUUUUAGUACUAAGGUAUACUACUGGACAUUUCUAUUUUUUUAAGUAUGUUUGUUUUUUUCUGACUAACAGUACAAUUUCAGGAAGUUGAUAGAUAAUAAAAACAUUAUGGUUGGUCUCAGAGAGGUAAAAUGGAAUACUCUUUUUUUUCCUAAUACCAACGCAGAAUUAUGUGCUACACAUUUGCUGAAUAUUCUCUUGUAAAUUACAUUUUAAAACGAGAAAUAUUUAGAGCUUUUAAUCUUAAUGAAGGGAAAGAAUAUUAAACUCUUAGUUACAUACCCUCUCAUAUAAAUUAAGAAAUGUAUUAUUUCUUAAGAUUCUCAGUUAACUUCCACGUAGCCCAUUUUGUCAUAAAUAUUGGCCCACAAUUUUUAUUUUCAUUAGAUAAUUUGCUAAAGUUUAGCACCCUAGCAAAUGAAUUUUUAAAAAAAUAUAUAGGAAGUGGAAACUGAACAGUGUUGAGUUCUUUGAAAGUUGGGUGGAGGGGAAAAACACUAGCUGGCUUUUGGUAGAACCAUCCUGAUAGAGAAGAGUGAAAUGAAUCAGUUUAUGCAAAGCGCUUAGAAUACUGGUACAUAAAAAAGACAUAACACCAAAAGGAAAAAGAAGGAAUGAGAAAAGGAAAAAUAAACAGGUGAUGAAAAUAUCAGAACUUGGACAUCCUUGAUACAAUGUCAUGUAAAAGGCCUGAAAAUAAUGACAAGUAUAAAACGUGACGUAAGAUUGGGUCCUUUCUAAAUAAGCUUUAUUGUUCAGUACUUAAUCAAUUUGGCAUGAAUCCAUUUUUUUUAUUCCAACUACCAUUUUUUAGUGCCUACAUGUGUCCUUGCGCUUUACAUUAUUUUAAUCUGUUCCCCAGUAAAAUUAGGUGCUAUUGUCUCCAUUUAAAAAAUGAGGAAUUGCUACUACAAUAAACUUGCCUAAUUUAUCUUGCCUAAGAUACACAGCUAAGUGGUAAUGCUGGAUUUUGACCAGGUCUGAUUCUGAAGUCCAGUCUAAAAGGGCCUUAUUGCUGCCUCAUUAACCAGUAUUUAUAUUAUUUCGGUAAAUGAGUCUGUAUAUGGAGACACUUUCCUUAUAAAACAGCUAUGUUUGGAAUCUCAGUGUUUGAUCCUCCCUUAAGUGAAUAUCCUGACUAUUAUUUCAUUCUAAUAAAGAUAGCAAUUGUUUGUCAUUUGACUCUAAUAAGAUAUUCAACCUCAGUGUAGCACAUGGUGUUUAUUGGCUGAGGCAUUUUCAUUUCUAAAAGGAUGGCUUUUAACUGAAAAACUAGAUGUGAACCCCAGUUUUUGUGGCGUUCUGUCACCCAGAUCCUUAAAACUUUGGUACAUAAUAUAUGUGCUUAGAACUACCAAGUUUUUUUUUUUUUUUCUUAAUAGUCACUUUAAGACUUAAAAUGGAAAGUUUUUUUUUUUUCCCCUGUUGUAUCCCUGCUUUCAACUGAAAUUGAAGAGUUAUAAGUUUAAAAUGUGUUAGAGUUAAGCACACUUUAAAAAGAUGUUUUCUAGUCUUGCAUUUCAUGACAGUGGGUACUUAAUUUGGAGUGUACACUGGCUACUGAGAGCAAAAUUGAGUGGAAGAGAGGCAUGAUGGAGUCCAUUAUGAAACAUGGGAGAAUCAGCAUUUUAAACACUGUAAACAGAAAAGAACACUUUUCUUCUGCCUGCUGUUAGUAAAAGCUCUUUGGGAAGAUCUUUUACGAAGACCAAUUUUUUAAAAUGUAAUUUGCCUACCUAGUGUAAGUGUCUGAAGACAUGUAUGUAAACUUCCAAAAGCUGUUUUGUCUGUGUAUUUAGAAAAUACACAAGAAUCUUUAUCAAAUUUAAAAAUAUAAACUUGUGAGCACUAAA